GAGCAGGGAGGGGAGAGUGGGGGAUCGGGGGUGGAGAGGGUGGAGGCUCAGCUGCAUGGACGUAAAGCGCUUCGUGGCAACUUUGAGCAUUGAGUCAUCGCUUCGGGAGUUCUCGCUCGCCGCUCGGUCAUCGGGAGCCAGUUGAGCAAAGGAUAUCUCUGAGUUGCCUGUGGAACCUGCCAACCCUAACCACCACCACCACCAUGAGCUCAGAAGCCCCCCUCAAGGACUUGCCCAAGGUCGACAGUGUGCUCAAGGAACAGCUUGAGGGCUUUUCUCCAGACAAGUUGAAGAAGACCGACACUGCCGAGAAGACUGCCCUGCCGACCAAGGAGGACGUGGAACAGGAGAAGCAACACAAUGAACUGAUACACGACAUCACCGAAUUCCGCAGUGACAAGUUGAAGCGCACCUCCACCUCAGAAAAGAUCGUCUUGCCUACCCCUGCAGACGUGGCAGCAGAGAAACAGGCUCAGGCUCACCUCCAGGCGGUAGAGGGCUUCAAUACCUCCAAUUUGAAGCAUACCGAUACCAAGGAAAAAAUAGUUUUACCAGCAAAGGAAGAUAUUGAAAGAGAACGAACGCAUCGGAGCUUAUGCCAGGGAGUCACUGAUUUUGACAAGGCCUCGAUGCGACACGCAGAAACUCAGGAAAAAAUUGCCCUACCUGCCAAAGAAGAUAUCGAGACAGAGAAGACCCAUCAGAACUUAUUCCAGGGAGUUACAGGAUUUGACAAGUCCCAAAUGCGACACACAGAAACAGCGGAAAAGGUUGCCCUGCCUGCCAAAGAAGAUAUUGAGAAUGAACGCUCGCACCAGAGACUCUUAGAGCGCUUAGUCUCCUUCGACAAAAGUGAGAUGAAGACGACAAAAACUCAAGAGAAAAAUGUUUUGCCGACGAAAGAAGAUAUUGAUGCCGAGAAGGGUCAGCAGGCCCUUUGUCAGGGUAUUGAAGGGUUCGACCCCUCGGCUCUCAAGAAGACCGAGACCCAGGAGAAGAAUGUUCUUCCAACUAAGGAAGUCAUUGAGCAGGAGAAGAAAGCCUAAUGGGGUGGACGUGGCCUCCGAGAGUUGCUCCUCCCGUCUCCUCCUGCUCCCUCAGGCCUUCCUUUUAGGGUCUGCAAGCCAAAAUGUUUUGUACUUUGAUAACCAUAAGUAUAUAGGUCAACUGAUUUUGUAACUUCAUAUCAGAUGCUAUUCUAUUAUUUUUUUGCUUUAUUGAUAUAAAGAAGAAGGUGCUCAUUGACAGCAAGGCGUUGGCAAAAGGUUCUUCCAGGAACUGUUUGAUGAUAGUCAGAGGUUUGACAUGCUUUGCACUCCCUUAUAUUAAUUAAUUAUCAGCAAUGCUAGUGGACCAAAAAAUUCACUUUGCUUUCAUCUCAUAUUUAGAGGAUAGAGUUCUCCCUCGAAGGAAAAGGAAAACUGCCAAGUGGUACAAGUGAUUUUUAUGUUAGAAAACCUGCAUUUGAGUCCCCUUUUUUAUAUAUAAAAAAAAAUCCCCAUAUGUUAUGGAUGGUAUUUUCUGACUUGCAGUAAAGUGUUUUCUUUCAAAAUCAUUUGCUUUUUGGGGCAUCCAAGUAUAUGUGAUUUUGGGAGUCAAUAAAAUGCUUUUGUA